AUGGACUCCUCUCGUCUUGAUCCUAGGUUUAUACUAUUAUUCAUAGCAUUAAAUAGCACAUUACUACUAUUUAUUACUUAUUUAGAUGCAAUAGAUAGUAUAAUUACUGAAGCUGCCUCAAUUUAUAAAAACGCUCCUCCUUCGACUUCAAUAAUAAUAUCUCCCAACAACAAUCCACUUUCUGAAGGUUUGCUACCUUCUUGUUCAAUACCGCCUCUUUUAUCGGCCAGUACACGUAGAAAGUAUAAGGAUCCAGGAUGUGCAGUCUUGUUUAUUUUAUUAUUUGCAACGAUGACGCUUUCUGGUUUAGUUUUACUAUUUACUACUAGUUCAACUCCAUUAAAAGAAUAUGCACAAAAUUCAAUCUUCUUUGCCAUCCGUGAUAGCACAGGGCUUUUUUUUAUUUCAAUUGUAUUUUCUCUAUGGAUGGUUUUUCUUUGUACAUAUUUACUUCGUUCUUUUGUGCAGAUUUUUGUAUGGGUGACUGUAAAAGCUGUCCCUUUUGUUGGAAUAACACUGUUUAUAUGGACGAUAACAGAGGCCUUCACAGGCGCACUUCGUGAAUCAGGAAAACCAGAUCCUCAAGACGAUUGGUAA